ACCUUCUGUCUUGCUUCGACCUCUCUGCUCUGCUGCUGGUGUUUCCUGCGCACUUCCCAAUCACAUGGGCGCCAUGGGAACGUCAGCAUCACAUUAACUCUAGGGUUCUUCCCGUUCGCCAAGUUGGGACUUUUGAUCCUCCAGAGCUGUCCAAAAUGAAAUUUUAGGUUAAUCUAGAGCUGUGGCUUUGAGAUGGAGGAGGUGGAGAGGGCUAAUAGAGCUGCAACCUUGAGCUGUCACAGAGUUCUUAGCCUCCUUUCCCAGCCUCAACAUAAAGCCCAAUCUUCAAACUUGUUGAGUGAGACGCGGGAUGCUGUUACAAGAUUCAAGAAAGUGGUUUCUUUGCUUACCAAAAAUUCUGGCCAUGGAAGAGUUAGGGUUGUCAACAAAGCCAUAUCUCCCUCCUAUCACAAUAAACUCCUCUCAGACAAUCAAUUGUUGUCGAAGAUGGAGCACAGUCCCAAUCCAUACCAACAACUUCCAAGAACUAGUUUAGAGGGAAAAGUUCACUUUUUGGAUUCAAGUGCUAAGAACCCUUUCCAACUAUCCCAGAGGAGCCUCUUUGACAAUCAACAUGUGCCACUGACCUCGUCGUCAAGUCAUUAUCAGCUUCUUCAGCACUCGUCGAGGAAUGAUCCCAGGUUUCAGCUUCACCAGCAGAUGAAGCUCCAGGCUGGCAUGUUUUGGAGGAGUAAUAGUGCCAUCAACAUUAAAUUUGAGAAUUCUAGUCACACGCCUUCAGCAUCAACCACAAGGUCUUUGUCGUCUCUAAGCAUGGAUGGUAGUGUGGCUAGCUCGGAUGGAAAGCCAUUCCAUCUGAUUUGUGGACCAGCUUCGUCUGACCCGGUAAAUCUGCACCUGCCUCCCAAGUGGAGGUGUGUAUGUAGAGCUCAAGAUGGAAAUGAAAAAUAUGCCACAUGCAGCCAGUGUCAUUGCUCAAAGAGAAGGAAGCUAAGAGUUAAGAGAACCAUUAAGGUGCCCGCUGUCAGUAAUAAGCUAGCCGAUACCCCGCCCGAUGACUACUCGUGGAGAAAGUAUGGACAAAAGCCAAUCAAGGGAUCUCCUCAUCCUAGGGGAUAUUACAAAUGCAGCAGCAUGAGGGGUUGCCCUGCAAGGAAACAUGUUGAAAGGUGCUUGGAAGACCCUUCGAUGAUGAUUGUCACUUACGAAGGCGGGCACAAUCACACCCGGUUGCUCAGCCAGUCUGACCAGACGAAGAUUUUUGUCAUCAACUCCUGCUGAGCAACUUGUUUAUCACCUUCCUUCGGUCAUUGCACCACCUCGAUGAUCAAAGAUAAGGCUGUGGCAAUACUUGUGUUGUCCGGUGAUCUAUGUCUCCAUGGAACACCACCUGCCUCUCCUCGGUUUCGGACAGAAGCAAGUUAAGCCUAAAUUGCUUCUGCUUAGAUAAACAAACUACAGGAGGUUAGUUUUGCCAUGGCUUUUGCAAAUCUUCCGCGAAAGCUGCUUUCUACCUCCAUAGCAAAUAGACCUUCUAGAUUGAGGUGAUCAAUAUAAUGAUAAAACCAAGAGUGAUUUGUUGUGAUUUUGCCUAGUGCAACAUCAUCAGUAGUUUUUGUACACAAAAAAGAAAAGCAAAAUGAAAGCACAGUGAUCAAGGAUGGUUUGCUAAGUA